AUGUCCCCGACCGGGGCUGAAGAUGUCGGCGAAGAAGGCGGAGGAGAAAGAGAGUUGAAAAGCCGACUCGGUCAAACGUUCUCCCUGACGGAGAUGGCGGAGGAGGUCGAGCUGUGCUUCCCGCUGCUCGCCAACACCUCCUGCAGGAGGACUCCGCGUCCUCGCUCGGUCGUCGUCGGGGCGACUCUGCUGCUGUCGGUCAUGUCUCUGCUCACCGUCAUUCUCAACCUGCUGCUUAUUAUUUCAAUCUGUCACUUUAGGCGUCUUCAGACCACCACCAACCUUCUGCUGCUUUCUCUGGCCAGCUCGGACUUCUUCGUGGGGUUCUUCAUGUUGUCUCAGAUCUUCCUGCUGGACGGUUGCUGGUUGUUCGGGGACCUGAUGUGCGCUUUGUUGUACCUUCUGGAUCACAUGAUCACGUCUGCUUCCAUCGGGAGCAUGGUGCUCAUAUCAGUGGAGCGCUACGUGGCGGUCUGCGACCCUCUUCGUUACCAGGUCAGGGUCACCAAGAGAAGAGUGGGGGUCUCCAUCGUUCUGUGCUGGUCGCUUUCGUCCGUUUUCAACGUAGCGUGUUCGAUCGAUACUCUGCAGCGGCCGGGUAGCGCCAUUUCCUGCGUCGGCGAGUGUCUGGUCAUCGUCAGUCCCGCCGCAGGACUAGCGGACUUGUUUUUGUCCUUCGUGGGCCCGAUUUUCGUUAUCGUGGUGCUGAACAUGAGAGUGUUUGUGGUCGCCGCGUUUCAGGCGCGCGCCGAACGCUCCCGCGUGGCGGUUGUCACGGCACGGCCCUCGCACGGCCCCAAGAGCUCGGAGCUGAGGGCGGCCAGGACGCUGGGCGUGGUGGUGGUUGUGUUUGUGGCGUGCAUCAUGCCCUACUUCUGCGUGGUCAUCUCCGGCCAGGACGUCACGCUCAACGCGUCGUCGGCCGCCGUUAUUAUCUGCUUGUUCUACUCCAACUCCUGCCUCAACCCGCUCAUCUACGCUAUCUUCUACCCCUGGUUCAGGAGGUCCAUCAAGCUCGUUGUGACGCUUCGGAUUGUGCAGCCGGACUCCAGCAGGACCGACUUGCUGUAG